AUGACGGUCGAUCCAUCCGGCGCUGGGGCCACCACAUCCGCAAGCCUCCUCGAUCGAGUGGGAACAGGAAAAGCCGCUAGCCCAUUCCUCGACGGCCCGGCUGUCGCCGCGGGGUCGCGCAAGCGCGGCCGCGAUAUUCGCGGCCUGGACCGCUUCCGCACCGUUGUGUACGGCGAAGACGGCUUCCGUCGCCUGCACGCCAUGGUCGCGCGCAAUCCCGUUCUCAUGUAUCCCCCAGACGGCAUCGAGGCGGCCCGCGCGCGUGUGCUGGGGCGGAAAGCGGAGCUACAGAGCGCACUCGACCGCAACGCGCACAAUCGCGGCCCGGACGGCGAUGGCGACGAUGAUGAUGUGUUUGCCCUAUUUGAAGCCCGACAGCGCGCCGAAAGCGAUGCUCAUCGUGCCGCAGAGGACGAGGAUGAGUCAGGGCAGCGGGCCAGCGAGCACGCGCCACAGCCCUCGAGCCUCGCCUCGAUCUGCCACGACAACGAGCUGGCCACCCAUCACCACAAGCAGCUGGACAGCUACCUACGCCUACUCUACGAGUUCAACCACCUGACGUUUGCAAAGCUGCCGAUGGAGGAUACUCUGCAGCUGCUGUCGCGGUGCGGCAAGGAGUCUGUCGCCCACAUCGUUGAGUACGAAACGCAGGUGCGGCUGCGUCGGCAGUCACGCAUCAGAGAGCUGGUCGAGCUGCGGCAGGAGCAGACGGCGCUGGAGGGGCGACACCUCGCUGCUGAGGACGCCGAGGAUGCCCGAGUUGUCCAGUUCGCCGAGCAGCGGCAAGCAGAGCUUGACCUGGAGCUGGACAAGGACGUCACUAAGGCGGUGCCGCUCGAUGAUGGUAACGCAGAUGAAGACGUGACGGCGAUUCUCGAAAUGGACGCGCCAUCCGCGCACUUGACCGCCUUCGUCGUGGACGGCGGCCUGGAGGAGGACAUGGGCGAAUAA